UUAGAGUGUCCAGUUAAUGUUGCAUGUAUUUGGGAUAGAGAGGAAACUGCGAGAAAACCCCAACAUGCAAACACCACACGGGCGGGGCCGCGAUUUGUAUCCCGAUUCCCAGAACUUUGAGACCAAGGCUCUCACAGUUGUUCCACCGUGUCGUUUUCUGGUGGCCCUGGACUAAAUCUCAACUGAUUGGUGAUCCUUAAUCGACCAGCAAUGAAAUCAGAGCACGUUCUCAGCUGUGACAACAAAACCAAGAUAUACCCUUUUCCAGUGGAUAAUCUUUGUCACAGGCUCAGAGCCAGGAUGAAUGCAGAGAUUCGGGGCUGGAGAUCAAGGAUUCUUAUUGGGCAAAGAGAGAAAGGAAAGCAGCUUUCUCCACCUCUCUCGCAUCAUUACAAAAGAGCCAAGACAAAAAAAAAGAUGGAGAGGAUGCAGGGAGAGGGAGAGGUGGACAACGUGGAGCGACCAAGUCCACUGACCGACAAGGACAAGGUGAUGAUUCUGGACUCAUGGGUAAAAGUCUACCAGAACUGUGAUGAUGCUGGAGUGGCCAUACUCAUCAGGCUUUUUGUUAACUUCCCUUCAUCCAAGCAAUACUUUAGCAAGUUCAAGAACAUUGAGGAACCAGAGGAGCUGGAAAAGAGUCCCCAUCUCAGGAAUCACGCCCGAAGAGUCAUGAACAGCAUCAACACACUGGUGGAGAACCUGGAUAACCCGGACAAGAUGGCCUCACUACUGAAGCAAAUUGGCAAGGCCCAUUCACUUCGGCACAAAGUGGAGCCUGUGUAUUUUAAGAUUCUUAAUAGAGUUAUCCUGGAGGUUUUGGGGGAAGAGUUCCCAGAGGUCAUGACAGCAGAGGUGGCAGGAGCGUGGACUAAACUCUUGUCUAUACUCUACUCCAAUAUAACAACUACGUACGAGGAAGUGGGAUGGAUGACGCUGUCAACCUCAACCGGGUGAAGAUUUAUUGAAUGAUGCCCACUUAUUGAUUUCUGACCGUGCGUCUUCAAGGAUGAAUGAGUUAGCUUUGAAAUGCUAUAGCUGUAUUACAGAAACACAGUGUCAUUUUAUCUGUUGGUGCCUAUGGAAUGACACAUGGGAUACAGAGAAUAUGGUGCACACGAUUUCAACCAAUAUGAAUCAAUACUGUUAUCUUUCAAUAUCGCUGUUUGAAAAAAAAUGGAAUCUUGAUUUUUAGUACUGAACUAGAGAGUUGAAGUGAUGAAAAACAAAUUGUAACAAAGGUCAAGAGGACACAUUUGAUGCAGAGAAUGUGCCUUGUAGUGAAUGUCUAUAGUUUGUCCUGAAAACUCAUGUAAAUGUCAUACAAUGUUUUUCUUAAGUGUAUUCACUUGUGUACAAUACAAACAUAAUGGCAUUUUUACAUUUUUAACAGUAAUGAUUGUACAUUUUCUCUUCAUGAUGCACCUUUAUAUUCAUAUUUACCAAUGUUUUGAAGUAAAAAUAUGAU